UCAUUCAGUCUUGCAGCUCAUGCACUUGCAGCCACAAAUCUACCCAACUCCUAUCGAGAAGCGCAAAAUACAGGUGAAUGGGAAUGUUGGAGAAAAAGCAUGGAUGAAGAACUUGCAAAAAUGUCAAAGUACAAAGUCUGGGAAGUUGUGGACUUGGAUCCAAAAAUGCGCAUUUUAAAGGGAAGAUGGGUGUAUACCCGCAAGAUAGACGGAGAAACUGGACUCCCAUCGACUUAUAAAGCUCGCUUUGUCGCAAAAGGGUACAAUCAAGUGGAAGGAUUGGAUUACAAUGAACUCUUUGCUGCUGUUGCGCACAAAGAUUCAAUUCAGGUGUUUCUAGCAAUCGUCAACCACUUUGAUCUUGAAUGUGACCAAGUUGAUAUCAAAGCAGCAUUCCUGAAUGGGGAAUUAGAAGAAACAAUCUACAUGCAACCACCAGAAGGAUCCAACAUCCCAGCAAACAAAGUACUUUGGUUGCGCAAGUCGCUUUAUGGUUUGAAACAAUCACCAAGAUGUUUCAACAAAGCACUUGACAAGUGGUUACAAUCCCAAGGACUACUUCCAACAAAAGCGGAUCCUUGUUUCUAUUCAAAGCGUGAAGGAGAUAAUAUUCUCAUGCUCUCGGUACAUGUUGAUGAUCAACUCAUCGCAUGUAACAAUCGAACUAUGUUGGACAACUUCAAAGCGGCACUUAAUUCAGAAUUUGAGUGUUCAGACUCUGGUCCAGUUGGAUACUUUCUUGGUUUCAACAUUCAUCGUGAUAGAACAAAUCACAAACUGUUUAUGUCACAAGAACAUUACUUUGAAUCACUUCUUGAAAGAUUUGACCUGAAAGAUUGCAAUCCUGCAAAAACUCCUCUACCUUCUGGAUUUCGUCCAAUCCCUGCAACUGAUCAAGAACAUGAAGAAGCAAAACACUACCCGUAUGCGCAAGCAGUGGGGGCUAUUCUUUAUGCUUCUACGAUAACUCGACCAGACCUUGCAUUUCCUGCAAGUCUUUUAUCUAGAUUCCUCAGUAAAUGGAAUGACUCACACUGGAAAGCCGUUAAACACCUACUUCGUUACAUCCGUGGUACAUCCGACCUCUGUCUUACCUUUAACAAAGAGAACAGCAGUAGAAUUGCUCUAGGUUAUGCGGAUGCGGAUUGGGGAGGAGAUUUGGACACCAGAAGAUCUACAACUGGCUAUGUCUUCAAAGUCUAUGGUGGAGUCGUUGCUUGGAAAAGUAGAAGACAACCUACAGUUGCUCUAUCAACAACAGAAGCUGAAUACAUGGCAUCUUCAGAUGCUACAAGACAAGCGGUGUGGUUGAGACAACUUCUGGAUGAUUUGGGACUUGGACUUGGUGAAGAACCUCUGAAACUUCUAAACGAUAAUGCGGAAACUAUUGCUCUGGCCAAGAAUCCAGUUCAUCAUAACAAGACAAAACAUAUUGACUUGCGACAUCAUUACAUCCGUGAGAAAGUUGAGGACAAUACAGUAUCUCUUGGACAUGUUCCCUCAGCUGAGAACAUUGCAGACCUGUUGACAAAGGCCUUACCCUCUGACACAUUUGAUAGGUUGAGGGAGUUAUUAGGGGUAUGUGGCAGAUCCGCUUGA